GUAUCUUGAAGUAGAGGUGUACAAGAGUACAUUCGAGCAAUACUGAUAAGUCCUGCAGAAAGGUGGAGAGAUAGGUUUUUAUUCUGUUCGCUCUGGCUCUAAAAUCUGUGACCAGACACCCAGAAUGAAUGACCUUUUUGCCAACUAGCUGGCAAAACUGACAAUUUCCUUAACAAAGAUCUGGCAAUGAGAUCAUUUUCUAUCUGGUGUAGACCUGACGCACAUACACUAUGGCUAAGUUCUACAGGAUUUCCAUGAAUCUUCUCUUUGUUUGCUGUGGUCUCUUCACACUGGCUAAAGGUUCUGAUUCAUUGAAGACGGUACUUCAACCUCCAGAAAUCAGAGCUGAGAUUGGAAAACCAGCCACUUUAUCCUGUAAAUUCAACUAUUCAGAGGAUCGAAAGAUAUAUGUGGCAUUCUCCAAAACUCGUGACCAAACAAAAUCUGAUAUUAAUGGAACUCAGAAUACAACGUGUAGCCCACUUGCCUCUAUGGAAAGACUUUUUCUUUGUGAAACUUAUUUCAACACAAAUAAUAUCAGACUAGAGGAUGAGGGUGUGUACUACUGUAAGGUAGGCAUAGCAACACCUGGAAAAGUGCUCACGGGGACAGGCAACGGGACUAAACUGUCUCUUUAUGCUGAGCCCUCCUUAGUCGACAUCAAGCCAGGAGGUCCGCUGGUGUCUGGACAUGAAUCCUCCCUGAACUGCUCAGCCUCAGGGUUCUAUCCUCAGAACAUCUCAGUGUUGUGGUCCUACAGAGGUCAGCAAGUGCCUCCCAGCAAUGUCUCCUUUAAGACCGAAAAGAUCAGCGACGGCACUUUCCAACUUCUCAGUGAGUUCAGGUUCAGGCCCACAGCAGCAGACCAUGGGGCACAGUGCAGUUGUACUGUCUCACACCCAUACUGGACCGCCAGCAGGACAGCCAGCAUCCCACUCAAUGUUGAAUGUGAGUAG